AUGGAAGGCUACGAACAUAUAGAACUCCGAUCCAAGCAAACAGGAGAAUGGCUUCACCAGGAGAAAGUGCGUGCCGUGGCUCGGUAUGACGACUUUGUCACAAUCGACUGGAUGGACGAUGAAUUGGAGGAACAUCGAGAAAGACUAGCACGAAAGAGACCUGUAACUUCGUGGAAACAGCAGAUUGUGCAAAACGCUCGAACGUGGCUUGUGCUUAUGGCGAUGGGAAUUAUCAUUGGCGUCAUUGCGCUGUGUCUUAAUGUUAUAACAGCCUGGCUAGCGCUGAUGAGACUAGGCUACUGCUCACUGAACUACUAUCUAAGUCAGGGCUUUUGCUGCUGGGACCAGGAGGAGGAAUGUGAUAAUUGGAAGCCAUGGCUGAAAUUUGGAUUUCUACGAUACUUGGCUUACAUCUUGUGGCUGAUAGUGUUUCUGGGUAUCGGUGCUUUUAUUGUGAGACGCUUCGCUCCCGCUGCAGCUGGGUCUGGUAUUUCUGAGAUUAAGUGUAUCGUGUCAGGCUUCGUCAUGAAGGGCUUUUUGGGCUGGUGGACUUUGGCCAUCAAGGGCUUGGGCUUGCCUUUGGCAAUUGCACUGGGUCUCUCCCUAGGGAAAGAGGGUCCCUCAGUUCAUUAUGCUGUGUGUGUGGGUAAUUGCAUUGCGAAGCUUUUCAAGAAAUACCGCCAAUCGGCUUCAAAAUCGCGUGAGUUCUUGACAGCUACGUCUGCAGCUGGCGUUGCGGUCGCUUUCGGAUCGCCCAUGGGUGGUGUGCUUUUCGCAAUGGAGGAAAUCGCCUCUGUGUUCCAACUUCUGACGCUUUGGAAGUCAUACGUUUGCGCCCUUAUCGCCGUUGCAACGUUAUCUACACUCAAUCCCUUCCGCACGGGUCAAUUGGUCCUCUUUGAGGUUUCCUACCACAACGCAUGGCACUGGUUUGACCUUCCAUUCUAUGCUCUUUUGGGUGCGUUCGGCGGUGUUUACGGUGUCAUCGUCUCCAAGCUCAACAAGAGGGUAGCUGGCUUCCGUAAGAAAUACUUGGUGCCAUACGCUAUCCACGAGGUCGUCACCCUUGCAAUCAUCAGUGCAGCUUUCAGCUACUUCAACCAGUUCUUGAAAUUGGACAUGACAGAGGUCAUGCAAACCCUCUUCAACGACUGCUCCUCCGAUUCGCUGCAUGAAUUGUGCAAGGCCGACUCGGGCAAAACCACACUUUUCCUUUCCUUGAUAAUUGCAACUUUGGGCAGAUCCAUCUUGACGAUCGUCACAUAUGGCUGUAAAGUUCCCGCUGGUAUAUUCGUUCCUUCUAUGGCUGCUGGUGCCACUUUUGGCAGAGCCAUCGGUAUCAUUGUCGAGAAAAUAUAUCAGGCUCAUCCCGACUCCACUAUAUUUGCAACAUGUGCACCUGAUCAGACAUGCGUCAUUCCAGGAACAUACGCUUUCAUUGGCGCUGGCGCCGCUUUGAGUGGUAUUACACAUCUUACUGUGACUGUGGCUAUCAUCAUGUUUGAGCUUACUGGAGCCGUGCGCUACAUUAUUCCUACCAUGGUUGCAGUAACAGUCACUAAAUUGAUCAAUGACAGAUUUGGUCAAGGCGGUAUCGCAGACCAAAUGAUUGUUUUCAAUGGCCUUCCUUAUAUUGAUCCAAAGGAGGAGUUCAGGUUCGAUGCAACGGUGGCUGAAGCCAUGUCCACGGUCACGGUCAUCUUCACUGCCGACAGAGAUUACUCAAUUGCCCAAAUUAAAACUAUCCUAGAGAAAACUCCAUACAGAGGGUACCCGGUUGUCAUGUCUGAAGAGGCACCGGAAAUUCUUGGCUAUGUGACAAGGUCCGAUUUGGACUAUGUUGUGAGAACUCAUGGCAACGAGAAUGAGUGCUACUUCAAAUCGUCACCCACUCCUGAAUCAUCAGGAGUUGAUAUGGCUGGAAUCAUCAACCCCGCCCCAUUUGUCGUCAGCAUCGACUGUACACUAGAAUAUCUCAUGGAUAUCUUCGUUCGUCUUGGUCCUCGUCACGUUCUUGUUCAAAAAGACGGACUCUUGAUAUGA